CGUUGAAGUUUUUACAUAAUUUUUGGCGGGCGCGUGGUUACACAAUAUUUUUCACGCAAGCCGCAAAUUACUUUAGUAUUGAAGCUGUAGCUGAAACCAGCGUACUACUUAAUUGCUUACCUACAUAAAAAUAUCGGUGCCUUGAAAAUGUUUUCUCCGGAGGAACAACAAAUUGAAAUUUGCUUACUGAAAUCGAACUUGGAAAAAAUUGGAGAUGAUUUGUUGGUUCAAAAUUCGGCGAUGCCCGCCUUAGACGCUGAGAACGAGCAAAAGUAUCGGGAGACCAUGUCGGCGCUGAGAGUUGCACGCUCCCUCAAUGCUGAAAGGGAGCGUCUCAACUUGGAGAAUGUGAAGUUAACAGCCAAGCGCAUGCAACUGAAGCGACAAUGUGACGACAUUACUAAAACGCUGGAACGUGCGAGAGCGAAUCGCGACGACCUAGCUGGUUCAUUAAAACGCGAGGAACAAGAAAUGGAACUCCUAAUACGGAAAUAUGAAGAUUCUUUACGUGAAAAAGCGGAGCGUUUUAGAAAAACAAGCUCGUUUUAUAAUGAGGACGAAAUGAAAGCAGAAUUGGAAAAAGCAAAUAAUUCAAUAAAAGAUCUUGAAGACGAAAUGACGAAUCACCAAAACAUCGUGGACGAAUUAAAACGUACACUGGACGAGCUCCAAGCCGAAGUGCCGGAAAACCUGCUAGCAAUAUUAGGGAAAUCCGAAAUGGAUGAGGAAGUGAAAACCAUAACGGCAAAGUACGAUGCUGUCUUAGAGAAACGGAAUCAUCUUCUCAAUACUUCAAGAAAAUAAUUCUAAAAUAUAUUUCAACUUAAUUUCUUUCAAAGUCCAUAUUUCUAAAUAAAAAGCAAUAAUUAUAUUUUUAUUGAGUUUAUUUAUGUACUUAGAUAUUCAUGAAUCCUAAAUGCUCUAUGAAAUAAUGUUCAUAAAUAUUCAAGCCUGUCACCGCAGUGAGACCAAAAGUAAAUAUCGUAAGUGAUUCAAAAUAUUAUGAUCUUAACUAAUGCAGAAGCAUUAAAGAUCGGAUAAUUCCUUAAACUGAAAGAUUAGUCGUAAUAAAUUAAAAAAGUCAAGGUUAAAAAGUUCCAACAAUAGCUUAAGACAAUGUUCUAGCUAGAGCUUCACAGUUUUCAGAGCUAUCCUACUAAUAUUAUAAUUGCGAAAGUUUGGA